AUGACCAAGGGAAACGAUUGUAUCAUGCAGCACGUCCAAAGCAACCUCGGCAUUCCAUCAUCCGACAUGUGGCUGUGUUAUUGUUACACAGAAAUGUGUAACUACCCAUUCACUUGGAAGGAAUUCGUCAGCCGCGGAUACCCCUCAAACCGACCUAUGCCGCUGGAUUCGAGAAGAAGUGAACUCGGAAUGUGUUGA